AUGGACAAGAUGAGCAGGGUGCUGGAGAGGGCGAAGAUGGUGGUGGGAAUGGAGGUAGACGAAGAGGGCGCCGACGACGGGGCCGAUAGCUCCUUCCUCGACGACUUCAACCGCCAGUGCACUUUGUCGACCAAGCAGGUAGUUCCCACAUUCCAGCGAUUAUACCCAAUUCCUCCCCUCCUGUCAUUUGCUCUUAAGAUGUUUUAUGUGGCUCCAGGCGUCUAUAACCGAUAGGAGGCUCAUCUGUGUUUUCUGGCUUGCCUGAGAUCCGCUGGCGCCCGCCGCCAGAUCCAUGAUUCUAAUAGGGCGACCUCCCUCUCUAGUUUGAUUUUUUCUCUUGUAUUGAAAUCUAGGAUUUGCGAUCGAGCGGACAUCGAUUCGGAUAGUUUUGUUUAGAUCUUGCUUGUUUCUAUUGGUCAUUCCGGUUUCGUUUUUAACUUUUUUUCCUGAAAUUUUUGUUAUAAUUAAUGAGGUUUUCCAUCUUGUACUCUGUCCUCUGAUCACCUGUUUUAGUGUUCCCGACAGUUUAAUUUUCUUUCUAGACGACACCCCGGACAUUGCAGUGAACCCCAUUUUGUAGGUAUGAGUUGACUGCUGGUGCUCAAAGGGUGGCCCCGUCUAUAAUCACUAAUGCCCUACCUUAGGUGAACUAUAUACAAAGGCGUGUACUAUAUUUCGUGAGGGUUUUAUCUGUCUUUGCAGAGAAAAUCCUGACUCCCUCCCUCUUUAGGUCUGAUUUACCAUCGAUGUGACUAUCCAUGUUGGAGAUGAUUAUCGGGGAUCUCUCUUGAUUCUUUAAAAUUUCAGAAUUCUUCUAGAUCGUUCAUCAAUGUAUUUUUUCUUAAAGUUGUAAUGUAGAGCAGGAUGCUUUGUAAUGGAACCAGAUGAUUGUGGCUCGUUAGGGCUUUGGUGAUAGAUACCUAUUGGUACUACUUGUGUUCCAAUCUUCUAUCCUAUGUGGUUUUCCCUUCUUCUGAUUACUUCUCUGAAUAUGAGGCGAAAGAUAGCUUUUGAAUUGAGUGAAUUCCUAAGCUAUUAAUUCCUUGAUGCACUGAAAUUGCCUCCAAACCGAGUUUAUUUGGUUUGUUAAGAAAUUUUGUUAAGCCUGCAAACCGAGUUUUUAAAAUGUUUGUCAGGUUUCGCUCUUAGCAACUGACCAAUGUAAAAAUUGAGCAAUGGAAAAACCCAGCCGGUGGGAAGUUAUUUUUCAUGAUUUCAACCAAUUUGUGCCUAACCUCUUGACAAAUUUUCAUAAGGACGUAAAAUAGGAUGGGGUAUCCUUUCCAUUCAUUUUUAAUUAGUUGCAUAUUCCCGUGACAAAUCGAUAUUGAUUAUUGGCAUUAAUCUAAUUUCCAUUUUCAUACUUUGGUCAGAGAUUGUAUGGUUUUGCGACAUGCUUGUUUGUGGGAUUGGCUUGCACUUUCUUGGUAAGUCAUUUCCACCACAUCCUUCUUUAUGCUAUGUCUGUUUCUUUCGUUAUUACGUGCAAGCACAUGUGCGUGCUCUGGAGACAUUUGCCUGCUUUCAAUUGUUGUUAUGUUGAUUAUUGCCGGCCAACUUCUGCAUUCGAAUUUAUUAUUUGCCUGUAUUCGAGUCUUUAAAACUCUAUAAUAAUGCGGUCCGAAUAAUAGAUAUAAGCUUCAUAUUUAUUCUGUUACAGACAAUAUAUCAUUCGAAUCCAUGCUGGGAGACCCUAGUUGACCCCGUAAUUGAUUAAAAUCUAGUUUCUGUUUUCUGUGAUUAUUAUUUUUUGGAACAUAGUAAGGGCUACCCGAGGAGGGAGGUGAAUUGCGUAAUCAGAAAUUUGAACUAAAAUUACCUUUUGGCUAUUUGCCCUAUCAGAAUGAGAAGAUGGGAAAAGAAAAUGCACCAAACCAGGAGAAAAAGAUUGUUAUAGUGGCCCUACCAAUCCUCAAGUCUACAUCCACCCCCCAAGACUCUCCUUAGGACUUCAUUUCAAUAUGACAGCCCUCUAAUGCAUUGGGUUGAUGAUGCCGUGCUAGAUCACAAAGUACAUGUACACGCCUCAUAAAUUCCCCAAUGAUACUGCCAAACUCUGUUUUCCGCCAAGUGCGACUAUUAAUUUGUUUAGCACUGGACCAUUAAAGAAUCAAGUAGUGCAACUAUUACUUCAUUUAGCGCUGUCUCACUGCUCCUAUUUUUUUCCUUUAAAAGCUGCAUAUGAGGUCGGAAUAAACUAUUUUCGCAAAUAAAAAUGACUAGGAACCCUUUCUAUAAAGAAGGGCCAAGAAAUGAAAAAUCCAAUGAAAAGACAUGAAUGUGAUGAAGAUAAGAGAGUAAGUUUGAAGCAUACUUUCUCUUGGGCUUGAAUUUCAAACCGUUGGGAAAUGUCCUUGUUUGCGUUUAAAGACUUGGAUCAUGUAAAACGUUUGUAUUUAUAUUUUUUAGAUUUUUCUUCAAAGUGCUUAAGACGAUUAUUUCAAAUGAUAAUGCAAUAAAAUUGAAGUGCAGAAGUAACAAGAAUAAUGAAUUGACUGAAUACACUGCAUAUUAUACAAGUCUUCGAACGACCAUCUAAUAUUCUAGAAGCUAUUUAUUAGAUAAAUGCUCACGCCCAUUUCCAUUAUUUAGGUAAUCUGAUGUAUGGUUUUCGCAAAUGUUAUUUCAAACCGUACGUUAUGCUGCUAGCUUUUGUGAAAGUAACAUUUCAUACACAUUGACUUCCUUCCUGCUCUGAAUUGCAGUCGAUGUUUGUUUUCUUCAAUCCAAUCAAAUUUGGGAUAACUUUCACCUUUGGCAAUCUUUGUGCGCUUGGAAGGUUUGCGCCAGUUUCUAAAUGUCUGUCAGUUUUUAUGUUUUCGAAUUCUUUGCAUGUGAGAUGCGACGUGUCUAUGCAUGAUUUUAACUGUGUACCAACAAAGUAGGAAAUAAAGCUGAGCAUCUACGCCAAACUUCUUGCCUUUUUUUUUUUUUUCGGUUUUCCUUGUCCUAAGGUUUUAUGGCUUUCUAGUGGGAUGAUUGUCAUCAUUACAAUGUUGACUUUUUUUGUCAGCAUAAAUAGGAGGAUUAUGUAUCAGAUAAUGAGCACAUAACAACUUCCUUUGGAGAUCGAGAGUGCAAGGGACUAUUCAUCAGGUGAAAUACCAGACAGGAUAAUAAUUUCCUAAACAUUCCCCAUCAAUAACAAUGAGUUCUCACGUUUGAUUAGAGUGCCAGUUGAUGCAUAUUUUCUUAAACCCCAAAUGUUGGCAAGGCUGUAAAUGAACAUUACAUUUUCCCGAUCAAUCUGGGCCGAAUCAGAUUGAAGCUUGCCGGCACUAGGUCGAUUUUGUGUAAAAACCGCCAGAAGCAGCCUGUAGUUUUAUCUCCGUGAUUGCACCUGCUUUGGCUAUGGAACCUACUUAUUACUCACUGUUCUUCUUGUGAAAUUUAUCCUGGCAUCAUCUUCCUGUUCUUCAUCUCCUUCCUCUGCCCUCUAUUGGCAGAUACAAUUUUCAGCUCUUCUUUCCCUCCACUUGUAGAAGCUAAAAGGCCUGCUCUGGCCGAGAAUCUCCUGAUCAAUGAGAGAUUGGUUACUAAUAUUUCUCUAGAUUAAACAGGCGGUUGCUGGCACAGACUAUGUGAGACUCUAAUUUCCAUAAUGAAAUGCUAAAGUUGGUGUGAAAUAUUAAAUGGGAGGAAGCAUGCUGACUAAACAGGUCAUAUCCAGUUUAACAAAGUAUCUCAUAGUUCAUGGUAAAAGACCUUUUCUAAAUUCAUGGAUGACAUAAAUUGCUCCUCGUUGUGCACCAAAACACGUAUGUUAUUUAUCACUGUUGUAUAAUAUAAUACAUUGACGUAUAAUUCUUCAUCACCCCCCGUUUUCUUUCAGCAUUAAGAAUUUAGGGUUUAGGGUUUAGGGUUUAAGGGUUCUUCUUCAUGACGGAUAUUUCAUGAGAAAAGAUUGACACCAUUCAGUGUUUUCAGUCAUCCCCACAAGUUGCAUUAUUUUUUUCUUUCCUCUCUGAUAUUAAACUUGGAAUCUGGUGUACGCCAGCACAGCCUUCCUGAUUGGACCUAAGCGGCAGCUGGUCAUGAUGCUGGAUCCAGUCCGAAUCUAUGCAACGGCCAUUUACCUCGCGAGUCUCAUCAUGGCUCUCUUCUGUGCCUUCUAUGUAAGUUCACAGGAUCCUCCCCAUCUCCAGGCCAUGAGAUUAUUGAUAUGCUUCCAAUGGGCAGGUGCACAAUAAAGCCUUAACGCUUCUGGCCGUCAUCUUGGAGUUUUGUGCUCUCGUCUGGUAAGCUGUUCCAUACGAAAUAUAAUACUUUCGUUUUAUAUCUGAUUUUAUGCCCGAAAUGGAAAUAGAUUAAAUUAUUUUAAAACCCAGUUUGAUCUUGGUACUCUUUUUCUGGGCUCAUUUUUUUUCCCUUAAAUAGUAAAUAUCUCUCCAUUCUGGGGCUGUUUCUUCCAGGUACAGUCUCAGCUACAUUCCUUUCGCUCGGUCAAUGGUCACCAAGGCCAUGGUAGCUUGCUUCGACACCGAGUUCUGA